CUGAGAUGGAUGAUUUUGGGCGUAGCAUCAGACAACAACUCGGCCCAAAUCGGGAGGCUUGCAUGAGCAUGAUUGUCGAUUGAUGAUGCAUUACGCAUGUAUUCAUUGCUACUGACAAAAGCACAAAUAAUAGUCUGGAAAUAUCGCUGACAGAGCAGUUUUUGAAUGCUAAUAAUUUGAUUAAUUAAAUCCAAAAAGAUUAUUUUCCAUUAUAUAUAUAUAGUUCGGUAGUUGGUAGUUAAAUUUGGCAUGGCUUCUUCAAUACCGAGCUGCUCCUUGUUCCCCUACUCUUCGUCAUCUAUACUAAACAACUCAACAUCCACCACUCGCUUUGCCUUAUCUUUUUCACAUCAUAUCCUUAAUGGUCAUAUUGGGAUUUUGCAAAGAACUUGUUCUAGCUCAAGAAUCCAUGCUAAGUUUGAGAAAUUCCAAGGUGAAUCUCAGGACAAUCUUGAAGUUGAAGAGACCACCCAGUUGCAAGAACAGCCAGUAGAAGAUAAAGAAGAAGAUGACAGCUGCUUGCCUUCUGACUUGGAGGGUGCAGUCCGGCAAUCAAGUGAAGCAAGUGCCUUGUUUGUCUCUUCUGGUGGAAUGAAAGCCAUAGUCGAGCUCCUAAUCCCUCAGCUACAGUUUCUGGAUGAGGAAGGUGCACAAGCUGAGCUAUGGGAACUUUCAAGGAUUUUCUUGGAUACACUUAUUGAAGAAACAGGAUGUCAGAAAGUUAAAGCCAUAUUUCCAGAUGCCGGUGCUGCUGCACUGCUAAAAUAUCAGUGGAAAGAUGCAACUUUUGGUUUUGCAAGCUUAAGUGACCGGAAGCCAGUUGAAAAUGAAGAUGAGAUUGUGGUUAUGGUUGUUCCUGAUUAUCAGAUGUUGGGAUAUGUGGAGAAGAUUGCAUCCAAUCUCUCUGAUGAUCCGCCAAGACCUCUCAUCAUGUGGAACCCGCGUCUCAUUAGUGAGGAUGUUGGAGUUGGGAUUAACGUCCGCAAUCUAAGGCGAUACUUUCUAAGUGCUUUCACCACAGUGUACUCAAUGAGACCUCUGCCAUCUGGUGCUGUAUUUAGGUGUUAUCCAGGGAUGUGGAAAGUCUUUUAUGAUGAUAAAGAUAGACCAAACAGAUAUCUGCUUGCCAAAGAGCUCAUAAGGCGUCCAGAUGCUGAAGAACUUGAGAUAAUAUUCGGAAAUGGGGAUGAGAAGUCAGAGCAGCAGGGCCCAUCGUUUUUUAACCAAGCAGCAGGCAUCUUCUCUUCGCUUAACCGGUUCAUGAAAGCUAUCUCAAAGUAGCUCUACGCAGCUUUUGAGUCCAUUCAACUCCUUGUUUUGCUUCCUAGACGCCAUUUAUAGCAUCAAUUGUAAGAAAAAGAUGUUUCCAAAUGCAAAGCUGAUUUGUUAA